UAUGUUACACAUGUGCUUGAAUAUUGGAUUUGAAAGUUCAAUGGAAAAAUACGAAAUAUUUAUGUGGCCUGUCAAAUUAUUUUCCAAAACGUUUGGUAUAUUUUCGAUUAAUAUGAUUUUUAAUGAUUUUCAUUGGAUAGUUUCUGUUUUCCUUUUGCUCAGUUGUUUGAUUUGUAUUAUUAUACCGCCUCGUAUUAUCUGUCAGAUGGAUAAGUGGUGCAGUGAACUUUCGACUAUAUUAACAGGUGUAUGUAUCAAAGUAGUGGCUGUUACAGCGUUCUUUUCAAGAAUCGGCGCGAUCUAUAAAGGUAAAAUAAAGUUUGCCAAAUAUAAAGCUGCGAUUGAUGCAUUUGAGUUGUACACUCUAACAUUACCAGAUGAGACGAGAAGAUUCAAUAACUUUUGCUUAGCUUUAUUUUAUAGUUAUCUUGUUGUUAUUUUACCUGUUUAUGUAGUCCGACUUUGCUAUAUAUAUUUAGACGAUCAGUAUACUUUCAAGGCGACAUUGAUGGUGUAUUAUUUGUUCACAUACAUGCAAAAUUUGGGAAUGUGCUGUAUGGAAUUUCAUUUUAUUGUGCAAUGUUAUAAUUUAUACAUAAAGUUUUAUGGAAUCAACGAACAAUUAUGUCAGUUCAAAACGAACACCGAGGCUGGUUACACAUAUGACACCUACAAGGCAUAUCCAUUCGAAUGUACCGUUUGUUCACAUGAUCCUCGUCCAGGGAACAGUACGAGCUCAAGAGAGCUCUUAUUUCAUUGGAUAGAGACUCUUCGAAUUAAACAUUGGUUGGUACGCGAUGCAGUGGUUAAACUGAAUGAUCUUUUUGGAAUUCAGUUAGGCUUAUCGAUGAUUAUGUUAGGGUUGAAGAUAUUGUUUUAUGUAUACAAUGAAAUAUUUUAUCACUUCAAGCCUCAGAUAUUUGUUUAUGUGUGGCUGUUACAAUACUCACUGAGAAUAGUUAUGAUUACAGUUAUGGCAGAUAAGGCAUCUGUUCAGGGAACAAAAACAAAAACACUAAUAACUGAAAUAAAUAACCAGUUUUUGGAUAGUGUUAUAAUAGAAGAGUUACAGAUUUUCUUAAAUCAAAUUUCAAGUUGUCCUAUUGAGUUUACUAUUUAUGAUUUUUUUACUGUAAAAACUCGUCUAAUUGCAACGGUUAUAGCUGCAGGUUCAUCAUGUUUGGUAAUUUUGGCUCAGUUUCAUCCAAGGAAUGUUAAUUCGAUUUAUUAAUUAAUAAUUAUGUCAAGUUGUUCCUUUUAAAUGAGAAUUAGGAAUAGUACAUAAAUUAUAGUCAUUUUAUUUAUAGCUUAAAAUGACUUAAAUAUAACACAGGUUUUUUUUAAAGCUUGAAAAUUCAUUUUUGUGUUAAAAUUGA